UCCUACUGCUCACUAUUUAUCAAAUUUUACAUGCCAGAUUCUUCUCUUGGCAAAUAAACAAAUUUUUGUACUAAACAUACGCCCUGCCAGAAGAAAAAUGAACAGUAAACUAUUUGGAUUUUUAUUGUUUGGAUUUUUUGCAGAUGUUUUAUCAGAACUACACUCACCGAUAUGGUUUCCUCCUCCGUUCAUAAAACCACUACCAAAGAGGACAAAAAGAAGUGCGCAGUGUUACAAUGAUCUUGGUUGCUUUACCAACACUUAUCCUUACAACAACACAGGAGAUGCACUGCCACUGAACCCACGAUUCAUAAGAACAAGAUUUUUACUAUAUACCAGUAUAAAUGAUAGAUUUCCGAGAAUCAUUAGCAGAGCUGCGUCGGAUCAACUAAGCAGAAGUAGAUACAACAGCAAUUUACCUACAAAGUUUAUCAUCCAUGGGUUUGAGCAAUAUGGAAUGGUUAGUUGGACAAAACAAAUGGCCAGACAGUUUAUUCUGAAGGAACCAACAAAUGUGGUGGUAGUAGACUGGGGACACGGAUCAGGGUGGCCAUACACACAAGCAGUAGCCAAUACCAGAGUUGUCGGUGCUGAAGUUGCAAAGAUGAUCGAGUUCCUAAUUGAAGAAACGGGUGGUGAUGUAUCCAAAUUUCAUUUAAUUGGCCAUAGUUUAGGAGCACACGUGGCUGGGUAUGCCGGGGAGCUUGUAACAGGUCUUGGAAGGAUAACAGGAUUGGACCCAGCUGAACCUAAUUUUAAGGGUACUGAUGUUAGAGUUCGGCUUGAUCCCGGAGAUGCAAACUUUGUCGACGUUGUGCAUACGGACGGUUCACCUUUUGAUGAAAUAUCAGGUUAUGGGUUGAUAGAUCCAGUUGGCCAUAUUGAUUUUUACCCUAAUGGAGGCAAGAACCAACCAGGUUGUACCAGAGAGAGUUGGAUAAACUUGUUCAGUCAGUCUUAUCGCCGUGGAAUAGCUGGCACAGAAAACAGUAUUUCUUGUAGUCACAGCAGAUCUAUAGCACUGUUUACAGAAUCUAUCAACGGCGAUUGUCGAUUUCGGGCUUUUCCGUGUGAUAGUUUUAACAGUUUUAAAAACGGACAGUGCAUGGCGUGUGUUGACAAACCUUGUCCAACAAUGGGAAUAAAUGCAGAUAAAUACGAGACUAGCGACAAAAAACCAAGAGGAAAGUUUUAUCUUGCAACAGGAGAGUCUAAUCCUUACUGUGGGUAUAUGUACGGCAUAGCAGUGCAUGUAAGUUCUGACAUGCAACCGACUGAAGGCAUAUUAGACCUGGCAUUUAAAGGACAGGGUGAUCAAACUGCCAAUCACACUCUAUACAGAAAGGAGUAUAGAGCAGGACAGGUGUACAGCGAGUUGUUAGUUUCACCAAACCAUUUAUCUACACUCAGCACUCUUACUGUCGAGUUUCUCGAAAACAGUGAAGUUUGGUCAUGGUUAUGGACUGGUAGAAUUCAGGUUGACAAGAUAGAAGUAACAGAUGGUCUUACAGACGAAAUAACAAAUUUUUGUGGAAACGAUGUGACCAUCAGCUCUGGAGGUCGUGUAGUUCUAACUGGUUCAUCCUCACCCUGUUAAGAUAUAUUAUUGGAUUAUGUUGAAGGGCAAACAUAUUUCCAUAACUAUUUACAAUAUAGUGACUGCAAACUUAUUCAACUAUCAUGUAUGUUCAUGUUGCAAUUGUGUCUAUAAUUUAUAAGAAGAUUUUCAGUUUCACACGAAAUUCAUAAUACAUAUAGUAAAACAUAUUUGACAUCUGUCAUAAAUUAUAAUUGUUUUAUAUUGUUUCAACAAAACCAAAUAAAUGUCUGCGAAUUGAA